AUGGAUCAGACAGAAUCUUUGAGCAUCUCGAAUCCCAUACAGUCUGCACCCGUGUUUAAUGGAGAUAACUAUCCAGUCUGGGCAGCGAGGAUGCAGGCUUAUCUCGAAGGAAUGGAUCUGUGGGAAGCUGUGGAAGAAGACUAUGAGAUUCCUCCCUUGACCGCAAAUCCUACAGUGGCGCAGAUUAGGAACCACAAGGAGAGGACCACGAAGAAGGCAAAGGCCAAGUCGAGUAUAUUCAAUGCAGUCUCUCCCACAAUCCUAAUCAAGAUCAUGAAAUUAACAUCAGCAAAGGAAAUGUGGGAUUUUCUCAAGAAGGAAUAUGAAGGGGACGAGAGAGUUCGGAGUAUGAAGGUAUUGAAUCUUCUCCGUGAUUUCGAAAGACAACAAAUGAAAGGAGAUGAAACCAUUAAAGAUUAUGCUGAUCGGUUCAUUAACAUAAUCAAUAAUGUGAGGAUUCUCGGGACAGAUGUCAAGGACGAUAAGAUAGUGCAGAAGAUACUUGUUUCUGUUCCUGAAAAGUUUGAGGCUACCAUAGCCACACUUGAGAACACAAAAGAACUAUCAGCACUCAAACUUACUGAAGUUCUUAGUGCUCUACAAGCCUAG